UUUGGAUGUAAAAUCAUGAAGGCAUUACUAUGGGAAAGUUUCUUAUUAUUCUUGUUCUUGUGUUUGCAUUCAAUCCAUCAAAGCUUUGGUGCUACAGAUACAAUAGCUACAACUCAUUUUCUAAAAGAUGGUGAUGAUAAUAUUACUUCACCUGGUGGAAUAUUUGAAAUGGGGUUCUUCAGUCCAGAUAAUUCGGAAAAUCGCUAUGUCGGUAUGUGGUACAAGAACGUAUCUGAUAGGACUGUGGUGUGGGUUGCCAAUAGAGAAGCUCCUUUGAGGAGUGGAUCAGGUAUCUUGAAAAUAAUUAAGUCUCGACUUGUCCUUGUUGAUGGGACUAACAAUGUUGUGUGGUCAACUAAUACCUCUAGAUUGGUGCAGAAUCCUGUCGCGCAGUUGCUAGAUUCUGGAAAUCUUGUUGUUAAAGAGGCUGGUGAUGAUAACUCGGGGAAUUUGAUAUGGCAGAGUUUUGAUCACCCAACGGAUACGCUAUUAGCAGGCAUGAAGCUUGGGAGGAAUUUUGUAACUGGCAGAGAGGUGUACUUGUCAUCAUGGAAGAAUGAGGAGGAUCCAGCUCCGGGUGAUUAUACAUACCACUGUGAUCCUACUGGUUACCCACAGACUAUUGUGAAGAAGGGCUCAGAUGUUGUGUAUAGCUCUGGACCGUGGAAUGGUCGAUAUUUCAGUGGAACACAAAACUCGAGACUAGGUACUUUCUAUACAUAUGGAGUAUAUUCAAGUAAGACAGAGGUGUACUUUUUGUAUAAGCUCACAUCUUCAGUUCUUGUGAGGUUGACAGUAAGUCAUAAUGGAAUUCUACAGAUUUGGACUUUGGGUGACAGAGAACAGGGUUGGGUACCUUUGAUCUUAGUACCAGCAGAUAAAUGUGAGGUUUAUAAUUCGUGUGGCGCAUAUGGUAGCUGCAACAGUCAAGAUUCUCCAGUAUGUAGAUGCUUAGAUAAAUUUGUACCCAACAAUAGUGAUGCUUGGAAGAGGGAAGAUUGGUCAGGUGGCUGUGUUCGGAAAACUAAACUAAAUUGCCUUCAAAGAGAUGUAUUUUUGAAGUAUUCGCAUAUUAAAUUGCCAGACACACGGAAUUCCUGGUCCAAUGUGACUAUGACACUAGAAGAAUGCAAGGAUAUCUGCUCAAAAAAUUGCUCUUGUAUGGCUUACUCAAACCCUGACAUACGAGGAAGUGGAUGCUUAUUGUGGUUCGGGGAUCUGCUUGACAUUCGGAAGGGAACCAACGGACUGCAAGAGAUCUACAUAAGAAUGGCUGCUUCUGAAUCAGAUAAUCAGGAGGAAUCGGAUGGAAAGAAAGGAAAAGUACUUUUCUGGAUUCUGCCAUUAUCAGUUGGUCUGAUUCUGGUACUCCUUAGUCUGCUGAUCUACCAUAGAAGAAGGAAGAAGGCUUUAGAGCUCAAAAACAAAGGAAGGACAGGAUGUGGGGGCAAUUGCGCUGAAGAAUUUGAAAUACCACUGUUUGACUUAUCUACCAUAGCAAACGCUACCAAUAACUUUUCAAUUGACAGACAGAUUGGAGAGGGAGGCUAUGGACCUGUUUACAAGGGCAUACUUGAAGGAGGGGAAGUAGCUGUCAAGCGGUUAUCUAGAACUUCCACACAAGGAGAAAAUGAGUUCAAAAAUGAAGUUGUAUAUAUUGCCAAACUUCAGCACAGAAAUCUGGUGAAGAUUCUUGGCUGCUGCAUUGAAGGGAAGGAAAAAAUGUUGAUCUAUGAGUAUUUGCCGAAUGGGAGUCUUGAUUCAUUUAUAUUUGAUGACGCACAAAGCAAGGUAUUAGAUUGGCCUAAGCGAUUUCACAUUAUCAAUGGUAUAGCUCGGGGACUUAUGUAUCUGCAUCAAGAUUCUCAAUUGAGAAUAAUCCACAGAGACCUGAAAGCUAACAACAUCUUGUUAGACAAGGACAUGAAUCCAAAGAUAUCAGACUUCGGGAUAGCAAAAAUAUGUGAAGAGAAUGACAAUGGAGCCAAGACAAACCGAGUUGUUGGAACAUAUGGAUACCUCUCACCAGAAUAUGCAUUGCACGGGAGAUACUCAGUAAAAUCAGAUGUAUUUAGCUUUGGUAUCUUAAUAUUGGAAAUUGUGAGUGGGAAAAGCAACAGAAGAUUCUCUCAUCCGGAUCACAACCUUAAUCUACUUGGACAUGCAUGGAAACUCUAUAAAGAAGGUAGGUCAACAGAACUACUUGAUGAAUACCUAGGUGAUUCUUGUUCAACAACCGAAGUGGAACGAUCAAUCUGUGUUGGUCUAUUAUGUGUCCAACAAAGUCCAGAAGACCGUCCAAGUAUGUCUUCUGCAGUUAUGAUGUUAAGCAAUGAAGGUGAAUUGCCACAGGCUAAACAGCCAGGUUUUUACAUAGAAAGAGAUGCACCAGAUGGUGAAUUAUAUGCACAGAAUACAGUGAGUGAGACCCCCAUCACAAUAUUAGCUGCCCGACUUCGUCUGCGCCGAGCACUGAAAAAGGAAAUGGAGGUACAACUUCAAUUAUACAACUUUACACCAAUUUAUGAAUCAAAGAUGAACUUCCUCAUAGAUACAGAUGAAUGCAUAUCGGCAGUAGAAUUAGAUGAAAAUGAUAGGGGAUUUGACAAAGGGUUGAUGAUCGGGCAAAACGAAAGAGAGGGAAAUGAGGAGUUUAGUUGGAUUUUCCCUCCACUGAUGCGUAAUUCAUGCGAACAGAAAAAAAUUGGAUCUCAAAGCAUGAAGGCAUUACUAAGGGAAAGUUUUUACUUAUCUUUGCUCCUGUGUUUGUGUUUCAUCAACCGAAGCUUUGGCGCUACAGAUACAAUAACUACAACUCAUUUUCUGAAAGAUGGUGAUGAUAAUGUUGCUUCAACUGGUGGAAUAUUCGAAAUGGGGUUCUUCAGUCCAGGUAAUUCAAAAAAUCGCUAUGUGGGUAUGUGGUAUAAGAACACAUCUGUUAGGACAGUGGUGUGGGUUGCCAACAGAGAAGCUCCUUUGACUGGUGGAUUAGGUAUCUUGAAAAUAAUCAAGCCAGGAAUUCUUGUCCUUGUCAAUGGCACUAGCCAUGUUGUGUGGUCAACUAAUACCACUAGAUCUGUGCAGAAUCCUGUAGCGCAGUUGCUAGAUUCUGGAAAUCUUAUUGUCAAAGAAGCUGGUGAUGAUAGCCCGGGGAAUUUGAUAUGGCAGAGCUUUGAUCACCCAACGGAUACGCUAUUAGCAGGCAUGAAGCUUGGUAGGAACUUUGCGACUGGCAGAGAGGUGUACUUGUCAUCAUGGAAGAAUGAUGAGGAUCCAGCUCCCGGUGAUUCUACAUACCACUGUGAUCCUUCUGGUUACCCACAGAAUAUCCUGAAGAAGGGCUCGGAUGUAGUAUACCGUUCUGGACCAUGGAAUGGUCGCUCUUUCAGUGGGAACCAAAACUCAAGAGAAGGUCCUUCCUAUACAUUUGGAGUAUAUUCAAGUAAGACAGAGGUGUAUUUUGGAUAUAACCUCACAACUUCAAUUCUCGUGAGGUUGACAUUAAGUCACAAUGGAGUCCUACAGGUUUGGACUUGGGGUGAUGGAGACCAAGGUUGGAUCCCUUUCCUCUUAAUACCCGCUAAUAACUGUGAUAUGUAUAAGUUGUGUGGCGCAUAUGGCAGCUGCAACAGUCAAGAUUCUCCAGAAUGUGGAUGCUUAGACAAAUUUGUGCCCAACAAUAGUGAUGCUUGGAAGAGGAAAGACUGGUCAGGUGGCUGUGUUCGGAGAACUGAACUAAAUUGCCUCCAAGAAGAUGUAUUUUUGAAGUAUUCGCAUAUCAAAUUGCCAGACACACGGAAUUCCUGGUCCAAUGUGGCUAUGACACUAGAAGAAUGCAAGAAUACCUGCUCUAAAAAUUGUUCUUGUAUGGCUUACUCCAAUUCUGACAUACUCAACGGAGGAAGUGGAUGCUUAUUGUGGUUCAAGGAUCUGCUUGACAUUCGGCAGGGGCCCAACGGAGGGCAAGAUAUCUACAUUAGAAUGGCUUCUUCUGAAUCAGAUAGUCUGGAGCAAUCAGAUGGAAAGAAAAGGAAAGUACUUUUCUGGAUUCUACCAUUAUCAGUUUGUUUGAUUCUGGUAUUCUUUACUCUGGUGGUCUACCAUAGAAGAAGGAAGAAGGCUUUAGAGCUCAAAAACAAAGGAAGGUCAGGAUACAGUGGCAAUUACAAGAUGAAUUACAACCGUGGCAAUUGCACUGAAGAAUUUGAAAUACCACUGUUCGACUUAUCUACCAUAGCAAAGGCUACCAAUAACUUUUCAAUUGACAGACAGAUUGGAGAGGGGGGCUUUGGACCUGUUUACAAGGGCAUACUUGAAGGACAGGAAAUAGCCGUCAAGCGGUUGUCUAAAACUUCUACACAAGGAGAAAAAGAGUUCAAAAAUGAAGUUUUAUAUAUUGCUAAACUUCAGCAAAGGAAUCUGGUGAAGAUUCUUGGCUGUUGCAUUGAAGGGGAAGAAAAAAUGUUGAUUUAUGAGUACUUGCCAAAUGGGAGUCUUGAUUCAUUUAUAUUUGAUGACAUACAAAGCAAGGUAUUAGACUGGCCUAAACGAUUUCACAUUAUCAAUGGCAUAGCUCGGGGACUUAUGUAUCUGCAUCAAGAUUCUCAAUUGAGGAUAAUCCACAGAGAUCUGAAAGCUAACAAUAUCUUGUUAGACAAGGACAUGAAUCCAAAGAUAUCAGACUUUGGCAUUGCAAAAAUAUGUGAUGGGAAUGACAUUGGGGACAAGACAAACCAAGUUGUUGGAACACAUGGGUACCUCUCACCGGAAUAUGCAUUGCACGGGAGAUACUCAGUAAAAUCAGAUGUAUUUAGCUUUGGUAUCUUAAUAUUGGAAAUUGUGAGUGGGAAAAGCAACAGAAGAUUCUCUCAUCCAGACCACAACCUUAAUCUACUUGGACUUGCAUGGAAACUCUAUAAAGAAGGCAGGUCAACAAAACUACUUGAUGAAUACCUAGGGAAUUCUUGUUCAACACCUGAAGUGGAACGAUCAAUCUGUGUUGGUCUAUUAUGUGUCCAACAAUGUCCAGAAGAUCGUCCAAGUAUGUCUUCUGUGGUUAUGAUGUUAAACAAUAAAGGUGUAUUGCCACAGGCUAAACGGCCAGGUUUUUACAUUGAAACAGAUGCACCGGAUGGUGAACUCUCGUCUAGCCAUACUGAGACCCCCAUCACAAUGUUGGUAGACCGAUAAGAAAAUAUUGUUUCACUUGCUUUCAACAAGCUUGCAGUUGUAAAAAAUCUUUUCUUUUAUUCUUUGUAGAAAUGUGGUAAAAAAAUAUUUGGUAUAUCAGCUAUUUCAAACAUAUGUAAAUUUGAAAGUGUUAAUUGGCUGUUACUUCUCAA